AUGUAUCGCAACUCAGCACAACUCAAUUGUCUGGUCAAACCCUCGCUCCAAUCGCCUGAGAAUCCCGGCGACUGCGACUCCGACUCCGACUUGAUCGAUGCACUCGAACAGAAGAGGAAGCAGCUAGACGACGAAAUCUCCAAAUUCAAGGCACUCAAGGACAGAGAGUUCCGAGAUUUCGAGAAGGAUCUACGAAUGCAAUGUAAGAGAAAAAGAUCGCGUGGUUCAAGCACAUCUUCCGAGCCCUCGCCUCCCGGCAAGUACGCUGGCGCAUCAGUAUCUAGUGCUUCAGUCUUAAAUUUGCUUGCCUCUACCCACAAUGGCUCCGCGAAUGGUUGGAGCUCACAGAAACCGAAGAGAGGGGUUGAUAAUAUUGUCGGAGAUAAAAUUAUAAGACCUGCUCCGCUCAGCAAACCGACUUUGUCGCUUGACAAGCUCAACAUUAGUGGCGAGACAACGCCGCCUACAAGCAUUUUUGGAACUCCUCCUACACCCUCAGCUAUCAAUCGAUCCAUGAUAAGUCGAUGUCAGUCAGCUUCAUUGACGACUUUCACGCACCCACAAUGCUCGCAUCCUGCAAAACCAGAGCCAACGACCCCUGCGACAGACCAUCUCGAUCCAUUUGCAGGGGUCUUCACUCCGUCGUAUCUUCCGCUACUCGAGUCCCAUGAUCACAAACUGGCUGUGCAGAGCCCUCAACCUCUUGAAUUGCAGGCAGAGGCCGACGCAAAGCAAUUGCAAUUAAUAAACGCAGAAUCGAAACGAGAUGCAGAAAUGCAGAACGGAAAAUCGCAAUCUCUACCACAACAGCCGGUGUCGCCGACCGUGCUUGCGACGAAAAGGACGCAUUCGACACCGCAGUUGCCUAGUACGAGCCUUCCCAGUGCGCUAAGAAACAGUAGUGGAAGAAGAAGUGGUGGUACUGGCGGUGGCUCGAGCGCAGAACGCAAGCGGAAACACGUCACAUUCCAACUCGCAGAUUCGGCCAUUGUCGACCCAAGCAGUUCCUACGAAGAAAUGCCGAGCCCGGAACCGAGAAACUCCAGUGGAACUGAAAGAGAGUUCGGCAUUUUUCUAAAUGACACCGAGGAAGUAAAAGAUACUGAAAAUUGGCAUACCCAUGCAAUUCAGAGGAACGAUAGUUCCGAUACACAACAAGUCCAGAACACCGGCAAUGAGAGCAACAGCCUCAGCCCGAAAGCCUCAAAUCAGCGAAAGGCCAGACUCCGCUCGCCUGCCGUUUCUCCACUUCCCUCACCUUCACCUUCACCCACGAUAAAUGGACUAGCUCCAUCAACGGACGAGUCCGGGUUCUCUGGUGACCUCGUUGCGUCUGUAGAUGGUGGCAGUGGUGUCGGAUUUUUUGAACUCGACGAGGAACUCGCCAGUCCCGCGUUCACCGAGGAUCGCUCAUUUGAUCUUGUCAGGGUUGAAUCCGAGGACCGGUCGAGGGUUGAUGAUGACCUGCUGCUUGACGAGAAGAAGAGGGGUGGCACGCUCUUGGACGGAGACGUCCAAGCCGGAGGCUUCGCGGUAGGCAGUGUGCCGAUCAAUAUUGUCAGGCACCCGACAGGGAGCUGGAUGGGUAGUUAUGGCCAUUGA